CAGAGCAGUCACAAAAUAACCUCCUCUUAGACCAGCGCAGGAGGAAUAUGUCUGAAUGCACAGCACACAUGCGGUGCCGUAGUAUGGACUCGGACUGGUGACUGUGCAGUGUGUACGGAGGAGCAGAGGACCUCGCGGGAUUGGCUGCACAUAGAGAGAGGGCGGAGGGGAGCUGGAAACAGGGGGACAGACUGCCAUGGAGGGAGAAGCAGGAAUUACUCGGAGCCCCAAGUCUGAGGCCCACGAUGAUGAUGUCACAGCCGGGGCCAGCACGUGGGACCGGGGGGAGAUUCCCACUGUAGCAGAUGCCGUACCUACCUGUUUGGAUAAGAAGCAGAGAGAAAUCUGCUCUUCAGUGAAAAGCCAAAUGUUAGAUGGUCCUCUGUGCCCUCGGCUCAGAAUGCCACCGGUCCUGAGGUUCCGUCAGGAGUCACAGGAUCGAGCGACAGACCUCCAGAGAGUACCAGCACAGCAGCUGGGAGAUGCACGUGCUCUGUGUGAGUUCUGCGGGCUGCCUGCAUGCCCCUUCCCUGACCUUGCUGACCUGAGCUUCACAGUGGAACCUGAGCGGUUCUGCUGUCCCGAGGCCGGGGCGCUGGUGGAGGCUCUGGCCCAGGAGUGGAGGCUGCUGAUGGAGACACUGGGGCAGGGGGUCGAGGGCGGGCCUGACCCACCAGACACCCCCAACAAGGAGGAGGAGCUGAGCCUCCAGGCCUGGGAGAGCGAGGAGUCCAGACACCAGGAAAGCGACCUGGAGCAGUACUUCCAGGCGUCCCACCCUGCCAUCGUCCCCGCCGACAACUGCACAAGGACCAUCAGCUUCCAGCUCUCCAGCUGUAUUCCCAGGGAGACGGACACAAGUGAAACUGAGGAUUCUGGGACAGUGGUGGACCACGACCAUAGAGAGGAGGAGGACUUCCUGACGGGGCCAGGGGUGUUUGGGUUUGGCAUUGCACGGCACAAGCAUAACGUUGGGUUCAGAGAGAAGUACUACGCCAACGGGAACAAGUUCCUCACUGCGUUUCCUGACGGCUCGGCUCAGCUGUUCUACCCCUCUGGCCAGUUGGCCCUGCUCAUCACCGUGGGAGACGGCGAGGGGGACAGGGUCUGUAUCGUGCAGGAUGACCACGCCCCCAACCCGCCCAUCCGAGCCCUGUUCCAAUCCAACGGCAGGGCCACCUGUUACCACGGAAACGGCAACAUAUGGGUGAGCGUGGAUGUUUCGGGAGGCCAGUGCUCGGACGAGACGGGGGCCCGCGUGAGGAGGUGGCGCUGGAGCGGGUACCGGGACACGCCCACGCCGCUGCGCCCCCUCUUCCUGUCCCUGAACCGCAGCGUCGGGGUGCGGGUCCUGGGCCAGGACAGGAUGUUCGUCACCUUCCUCAGCCAGGGCUGCCAGGCCAGGUUCAGCGUGGGCACCUGUGUGCAGUUUCGGGACGCGAGCCCCACGGCCCCGCCCGGCCCCAGGCCCCUCCCCAGAGAGGAGGUGGUGGUCCUGGCGGGGCGGGCGAGGCUGCGCCGGACCCUGGCUCUCCUGCAUCACUGCUCACGGCUGCCCUCCAGCCCGCGGCCCCCGGCGCCCAGGCCGGCCCCCUCCCUGGUGUCCCUGGCCAAAGCCCUGCUGGAGCUCAGCCAGGGCAUGGACAUGGAGGACAGCGACCGGGCCUUCAUCCAGGCCUGCCUGCGGGACUUUGUGUGACCGCUCUGCCCCCAAUCCCUCCGCACCCCUCUGUCGCCCACAGCUGCUCCGCUCCGCUCCGCUCCGCACUGCACUUCCUGCGCGAGAACGCCCAGUGCCAAAGAUGAAUGACCGGGACCCGGAAGGUUGGUGGUUCGAGCCCCGGUGUAGCCACAAGAUCUCCGCACAGCCGUCGGGCCCUUGAGCAAGGCCCUUAACCCUGCAUUGC